GCAUUGCUGGACAUGGUUUUCAAUCACUUAAGCGUAAAAGAGAGGGAAUAUUUUGGCCUACAGCACAAUGAAGAUUCUUUAGACUCACAAAGAUGGUUGGAACCCAACAAACCAGUUCGAAAACAGCUAAAAGGAGGAUUUCCUUGCUCUCUACUCUUCAGAGUACGUUUUUUCAUUCCAGACCCCAACACGCUACAGCAGGAUCAAACUAGACACUUAUAUUUCCUGCAACUUAAAAGCGACAUUUUAGAGGGAAGGUUAUCAUGUGCACUAAACUCAGCUGUUGUUCUCGCAUCAUAUGCUGUACAAUCUGAGUUUGGAGACUAUAUUCCUUCAGUGCAUCUUCCAGGAUAUCUGUCAAAUAAAAGUUUUAUUCCAGGUCAAGAUAAUGACUUUAUAAGCAAAGUGGAAUCCCUCCAUAAUCAGCACAGUGGUCUUGGACAAACUGAAGCAGAGUCAUGCUACAUUAACAUUGCAAGAACACUUGAAUUCUACGGAGUUGAAAUGCACAGUGGUAGAGAUCUUCAUAACUUAGACUUGUUAAUUGGCAUUGCUUCAGGAGGCAUAGCUAUAUAUAGAAAGCAAAUUUGC